AUGUCAACGUCGAGGAAGUACAAGGCCUUGAUACGCAGCAGGGACUGCGUCAUCAACUUCGUGGAACGGAUGGACCACUUCCUGAAAACAACACAAGAAUUCGAUGAGCAAGCGGUCAAGAUUCGUUUGGAGAAGCUCGAUCAAAAAUAUCAGGAGUUCGAGGAUCUCCAGAGCGAUAUCGAAGGCAUGGAGGACAACGAAGAAAGCUUAGUGGAUUACCAACAGUCGAGGGCCGAUUUCGAGGAUAAAUAUUUCGAGGUAAGGGCAGGGUUGGUGAGAAAAUUAACUACAGAACAUGUGACACCAAAUACUGCGACUACACACACAAACAACGUCCCUCAUGUACAUGCUUCCGUGCGACUUCCUCAAAUAAACCUACCAGAGUUUGAUGGCAAUUUCCAAAAUUGGAUUCCGUUUCACGACACUUACGUGGCUUUAAUCGACUCCUCGGUGGAACUAACCGACAUACAAAAGUUCCAUUAUUUGCGUGCUUCUCUGAAGGGCGAUGCUUUGAAGUUGAUCGAUUCUUAUGCGAUGAGUGAGGCUAAUUACAGGGUGGCUUGGGAUAGUCUGGUUGAUCGGUUCUCCAACAAACACCUCCUCAAGAAACGUCAUUUGAACGCCUUGUUCGAAUAUACUAGAAUCAAGAGGGAAUCAGCGACUGGCCUGCAUGAACUCAUCGACUGUUUCGAACGUAACACGAAGAUCCUGGAUCAAUUAGGGGAGAAGACGAAUGUAUGGGGAGCGAUGCUGGUGCAUCUAAUGGUCUCGAAGCUGGACGAGGUCAUUCAGAAGCGUUGGGAGGAAAAUGUCACACCGGAUAGAGAACCGUCGUACACUUCAUUGGUCGAAUUCCUCAAGAGGCAAACUCGGGUGCUGGAUGCUGUCUCUGUCGAUCAGCAGAUGUUCUCCACGUCUUCGUCGUCAUCCAGUGGUAGCAAAUUCCGUUCAACUAAAGUUUCGGUUAACUCGACGCUGAGAACUCGCUCCCAAGCUGCUUCGCCUGCAGUGAGAAGCAUUGGAUUACUCGGUGCCCAACUUUCGCUAGUUUUCCGGUGGAUAAACGGCUGCAGCUUACAAACUCCAAGCGGCUCUGCAGCAACUGCCUGGGUCGGAAUCAUUUAG